CCCGCGCUUCCUGCGGCGGCAUGGCGGGCGGCGCGGCGCCCUGCCUCAGCUACAGCGGCUGCAACUUCCUGCGGCAGCGGCUGGUGCUGGCCACGCUCAGCGGGCGGCCGCUGAAGAUCCGCAAGAUCCGCGCCAAGGAGGAGGAUCCCGGGCUCCGCGAUUUUGAAGCAAGUUUUAUUCGCCUGAUUGACAAAGUGACCAAUGGCUCUCGGAUUGAAAUAAACCAAACAGGUACUACCUUGUAUUAUCAGCCUGGUCUUCUGUAUGGAGGCUCCUUGGAACAUGACUGCAGCCCCAGUCGUAGUAUUGGCUACUAUUUGGAAAGUCUGCUCUGCUUGGCACCUUUUAUGAAGCAUCCACUGAAGAUUGUCCUGAGGGGAGUAACAAAUGAUCAAGUAGAUCCUUCGGUUGACGUCCUUAAGGCAGCAGCUCUACCCCUACUGAAGAAGUUUGGAAUUGACGGUGAAAGUCUGGAAAUCAAGAUCAACCGGAGAGGAAUGCCUCCCAAAGGGGGUGGAGAGAUUGUGUUUGCUUGCCCAGUGAGAAAGGUCUUGCAGCCUAUUCAGUUCACAGACCCUGGCAAAAUCAAGCGCAUCAGAGGAACUGCAUAUUCUGUCAGAGUGUCACCACAGAUGGCAAACAGAAUGGUGGAAUCUGCAAGGAGCAUCCUGAAUAAAUUCAUCCCGGACAUUUACAUCUACACAGAUCAUAUGAAGGGGGUCAGCUCUGGAAAAUCACCAGGUUUUGGCCUGUGCCUUGCUGCAGAAACCGUCAAUGGCACUGUUCUUAGCGCUGAGCUAGCUUCAAAUCCUCAGGGCCAGGGAGCAGCUGUGCUUCCCGAGGAACUUGGCCAAAAUUGUGCCAAGCUGUUGCUUGAGGAGGUCUACAGGGGAGGCUGUGUAGAUUCAACAAAUCAGAGCCUUGCUGUGCUUCUCAUGACCCUUGGACAACGAGAUGUUUCCAAAGUCCUGUUAGGACCUCUGUCUCCAUACACAAUUGAGUUUCUCCGACACCUGAGAAGCUUCUUCCAGAUCAUGUUUAAAAUUGAAACGAAGACCCCUGAGGAAGAGCACAUGGGCGGGGAGAAAGUUUUAAUGACAUGUGUUGGUAUUGGAUUUUCCAACCUUAGCAAAACCAUAAGAUAACAUCUGCAGACUUCAUGAAAUAGGGUGACAAAAACGCUGCAAAGAUCUGAUAAAAUCUGCCUUUCCCUGUGCUUAUUCUGGCACAAGGAAACCUGUGACUAUUCCAGUGCAGAGGUACGCAAGCUUGCUGCAUGUAAACAAUGAAACUGGCUUUAGGCUGUUUAGACCUGUGCUUUUUAUAAAUGUAAUGCCAAUAUUCUGUGCUGCCUGGAAUGGCUGGAGUCUCAGCUGAUUCAGGACUCUGCACUGUAUUCCACCACAUGCGAUCCAAGUGCCUCUUACAUCCCUGUGCCCUGAAGCCUUAAUGCAGUGGGUUCCCUAGUUUUGUUAUCUACAGACUUCACUCUUUAACUUUUUCUGAAAGGUUUAGAUAGAGAAAAACAAGAUCGACCAAAAUGAGCCUUGCAGUACAAAACAAAUGAUCACAACAGAAACAUUAGAUUAUUGAGGUAACUGCAGAGGCGAUAUUGGCAUGGAAGUGAAAGUAAAUGUGUUGACAAGAAUUUUUUGUUUGUACAUUGCAUGUGUAUAGAAUUUGUCAAAUGCUUCACUCCUGCUUAUGUUGACUAAAGUACAGUUUCAUAGGAAGAAAAAAAAUACCUGUGUUUUCAUUGUCCUUAAUAUUAGAAUACUGUAGAGAAGAUCACAGCAUAUAGUGACUUGUUUUAGCCUCCUCUGCAAAGAUGAGCAUGGGAGGGGAAACUUCCAUGACACUUUUUGACUUGCCACAUGCAUUAUUUUUAGGUUUGUUUGGCAUUCCACACACUGCAGUUCACAAUAAUUUGUGAAAGGUAGAAAAAAAAAAAAAAGCUGUAGGCUUUGAGGAAGAAAAAUAUAUUCAGUUAUGCUAUCACAUUUUGUGCAUCUGCUUCCUUUUCAAAGAGGGCAUAAUGGUGUAUGGGCACUGCCUAGAUUGACAGGUACAAAAAGUUUCUACCAGGGUAUAAAUAUUUGCCCAAGAAAGGCUUUUGUUAGGUUCCAGGCAAACCUGCUGAACUUAAUGCUAAACUGACAUAAGGAAAGAAAUUUAUACUUGACUUAAGACUAUACUCAUUGUGUCUAGAGUAAAAUAAAACGAUGUCAAAUGCUGGUGUAUAUACAGAGAGAGCAAAUUCUAGUGACUGUGUUAUAAUAGUCUUACAAACUUCAUUUGAUGCAACUGUAAAGUGAGCGUUACCUCUGUAACAUGAAAAAUGUGUGUUGGACCCAAAAGGACUUUGACAAAAAGUUUGGUAUUUUGUUAGUGUUUUAUUAACUAUUGCAGGCUGUGUGAGUCAUUUUUGUGCUGUACUUUGUUCUUGUUGCAAUCUCUCUAAACAUGUUUUGGAAAAAUAAAGUAUUUUUUAUCCUAAAUAA